AUGGCAAGCAUUAGUCCACCUUCUGUCAACAAUGAGAACUAUGAUCCUAAGGUAGACAAAGCAAGAAAGGCCAACUCAAAUGAUCUAGGCUGGAAGUAUGAAUAUUGGGCAAACCUUCAGAAGCCAGAUAAGGUGACAUGUACUCUUUGUGACACUGAGGUUUCUGGAGGAAUAAAAAGGUUGAAGCAGCAUCUGGCAGGUGGAUAUGGAGAUGCAAAAAUAUGUCCUAAGACCACCACUGCCAUUAGGAAGGAGAUGAGAGAUUACUUGGAAUCCAAUAAUAGGAGGAGGCCAUUGUUCAACGAAGAGGAUGAUGAGCCACCCGAGGAACCAGCAGAUGUGGUGGUGGCUACUGCAGCAAGCAAUACAAAGGCAAAGCCAAAGGUUAACAAGUCAAUUGUUGAGAUGCUUCGGAAAACACCUGAAGAACUUGUUGAUGAAAGGCGUAAAGGAUGUUCUCAGCCAACAAUUCCAGCCAAGAUAAGGACCAAAGAGGAGAAGCACUAUGUGGAUCAGCAGUGGGCCUUGUGGUUCUAUGAGUGUGGUGUGCCAUUUAAUGCAGCAGCAGCAAGACAGUUUGAGAUUGCAGUUGAGGCAACUGCACAAUUUGGUUCAGGUGAACCAUUGCUUAAGGAUGCUGUGAAAUUGACCAGUUCUAUGAGGGAGGAACAUGAGCAGGCCUGGAAGAUGUAUGGUUGCACACUUAUGUCAGACGGCUGGACUGAUAAGAGAGGCCGCCAUUUGAUCAACUUCCUUGUGAACAGCCCUUCAGGGACUUAUUUCUUGGAGUCUGUUGAUGCAUUAAGUGAGGUACAUGAUGCAUUUAUGCUUGCUGAUUUAUUGGAGGCAAAGAUUGAGGAGAUUGGGGAAGACAAGGUGGUUCAAGUUAUCACUGAUAAUGGGGCUAAUUACAAGGCAGCUGGUAGAAUUCUAAUGGAAAGGAUUUCUACGCUGUAUUGGAGCCCAUGUGCUGCACACUGCCUGGAUCUUAUGCUGGAAGAGAUAGGGAACUUGAAGGAAUUUAAGAAGCCCAUUGCAAGAGCCAAACGUGUCACAACUUUCAUCUAUAGGCAUGGGAGAAUUCUUAGUUUGAUGAGAGAAAAGACAGGGGCUGAUCUUGUGAGACCUGCAGCCACUCGAUUUGCCACCUCUUUCCUCACUUUAAAAAGUUUGCACAAGCACAGAGAUGCUUUGAAGGCUUUAUUUGUUAGUGAAGAAUGGUUGGGGAACAAAUUGGCAAAAACUGCAGCCGGUCAAGAAGUGCACAACACUGUGCUCUCUAUGGAAUUUUGGAAUUUAGUUGAAGAUUGCCUUAGAGCUUCAGCACCUCUGCUUAUUGUUCUUAGGGUGGUUGAUGGUGAUGAGAGGCCUGCAAUGCCAGAGGUUGCAGCACUAGUGAAUCAUGCAAAAGAGAAGAUCAAGCUCAGCUUUGCUACUGAAAACAAGAAAACCUUGCUCAAGAAUAUCAUUAAGAUUAUUGAGAAGCGUUGGGUCACACAAAUGGACCAUCCUUUGUAUGGGGCUGCACUAUAUUUGAACCCAGAAAGACUGCAUUCUCUCAUACAAGCUAAUGAUGAUGCAACUGUUGGGCAGUUAAGAGGCUGUUUUCUUGAUGUGCUUGGAAGAAUGGUGGAGGAUGAAGAAAUUAGAAGCAAGAUUGAUGCUCAAUCCUUGGACUAUGAAGGCCUUAGAGGAGAUGCAUUCUCAAACAAAAUGGCCAAGCAAAACCUACAAAAUUUGAACCCUCUUGAUUGGUGGCGUUCAUAUGGUGGUCGUGCUAUUGAGCUUCAAAGGUUUGCUAGACGCAUUAUGCAUACAAAGAAAAGAAAUAGGUUGUUGCAUAAGCGAUUAAAUGACAUUGUGUUUGUUUCCUACAACUGGAAGAUGAAGAUCAGGUUUCAGUUAAGGCGUGAGAAAAAAGAGAAAAAUUUUGAUUCUUUGGUCAUUGAGGAGUUUGAUUGGGACAAUGAGUGGGCUGACUCCUCCUAUGUUCAUCCUCAAGGUGCCCGUGGGUGUGACAAUGGUGACAAUGGUAAUGGCCUUACAUGGAAACUUGUGGAUGAAGCUGUUGGUGCAUCAAGCUCGCUGCGAGGCCGCAAUCUUCCAAGGAAUGCUAGCAGCAAGCGUGCAAGAAAUGGACAGUCAAGGUUGGCUGAACUUGAAGAAGACUUAGGUUUGGCCAAUGAAGAAGAGGAAGAGGAAGAUCCACAUGACGAUGCUGAUGUGAGUGAUUGUGAGCAGGAUCCCAAUGGCUCCAACGGUGGCGGCGAAAACAUGGAGGGUCCAAACAUCCUUGAUGAGUUUGAUGACGGAUAUUGA